UUUGCUCUUCAGUGAGCCAAUCGCACGCUGAGGCUUCAAGUGUCAGUUUGUGGUCGGCUGUGUUUUGAUGCAGUUAGCAAAAAUGUUAGAAGCGACAUUUAGCCGUUGAAAUGAGCUACAAACACGUGUCCUUGAAUAGUGCACUUUAAUCGAGGAUAUGUGUAAGAAUACUCUCGGGAAUCUACGAGUAGAGAUGUUCGCGUUUUGUUCAGCUAACCUUGCACGCUACCGAUUUUAGCCCAAGCCAGUUGGCAUGGCGAGAAUUCCGAAAACGCAAAGUCGGUUUUUGUUGAGCUAGCUAACGUGAUAUUUUGAUACUGUCUGCGGAUUAUUAUUAGCAAUGAACAUUGCGUCUUUUCAUCUACCAGCUUCCCCCUUAUAUUUUUCUGGGACGGAUAGAUAAAAUACCAGCAAAAACUUCCUUAACCAAGUUAUAGGACGAGACGAGCCAAAAUGGAUUCCUCAGUCCCAUCACCUCAAACUGAUUUCUAGCGGUGCCAACAAAGGUUUGACCACAGCUUCCAGACACCAGGACCCGUGUCUAUCUUUUUUUUUUCUAUGACACACCCAGUUUAUGCCCAGCUAGAUUCGGUGGAAUCGCUCUUUGACGAACUUCCAUAUAUGUUUUAUUUGGGCCUGUUCUUUGUGAACGUCCUCAUCCUCUACUAUGCCUUUUUGAUGGAGUACAUUGUCCUGAACGUGGGUAUAGUGUUUCUGCCGGAGGACAUGGACCAGGCGCUGGUGGACCUCGGGGUGCUGUCUGACCCAGCGUCUGUCCCUUACGACACGGACACGGAGCUGGAUGUGUUUGAGGGCUAUCUGGAAUGACCAGACGCUUCUUUUGAAGCAGAGGUCUGUGGACUGUGAACGCUGUCCCGUGGGAAAUUUGGGGAAAAUGCCUCAAAGUGGAUGCUGCUGCAGCCUCCCUCUCACAGAAUCAUUUAAGCCAAAAGGUUUUCCCGGCUCAAAACAAAGUAGCCAAAGGGAGGGAUUUAUUUUUUUAAACACCACUGGCCAUAUGAUGAGUGACUGCCCCAUGGGAGGAGCCCUCUCUGCCAGAUCAGCUGUGUUGACUCUUAAUGGACACCAGAGGGUUGGCAGUGGCAUCUGUGACCCUCACGCUGGACGCCAUGAAAAGGACGCACAAUGUGCUGCGAGCGGAGAGACGCAGCUGUUCCCUUUAUCUGAAAGCUGAAAGCAUGUCUCUUAUCACCACUGUUUAAAUCCAGCAGCCUGACAUCCAGGCCAAGCAUUUAGCCAGGCUCUGCAGGGUCUGGUGGUUUGCUCGGCAUGCAAUCUUAUCAGAACUUGUCUCUUCUGCUAUGGUUAUUUUGUCCUCCACAGCCAGGUGUUUCACAAGAACUUUGCAAAGAUGAGAGGGAGACAACGCCCCCCCCCCCCCCCCACCC